AACCCUACCAACUCCUCCACCACCCCACCCUCACCAACCGCUCGCCAUGGCGCCGCCGCCGCCUCGCCGCUCUGCUCCCAUGUUCCCCGCCGGCGGUACGACGCGGAGCAUGCUCCUCCAGGCGGCGUACGACGGCGACCUCCGCUCCUUCAAGAGCCACGCGAGGGCGCUGGACAAGGGCAGGGGCCGCCUCAGGGAGACGGUGGAGGCGGUGACCGUGGAAGGAGGCGACGAGGCACUGGAGGGCGUCGGGGCGCUGCACCUCGCCGCCGCCAGGGGGAACCUGGAGAUGUGCGCCUACUUGGUCGAGGAGCUGCGCGUGGACGUGAACGCCGUCGACAACGGAGGUAGAACGCCUCUGAUUCAUGCUAUGUACGGUGAGAGGGUGGGCACUUUCAAGUAUCUUCUUGAUCAUGGUGCCAAUCCAGACAGAGUUGACCCCAAUGGAUUUGCCCCUCUACAUUCUGCUGCUGGAUCAGGAUAUUGUGAAAUGGUAAAGCUAUUACUUGCAAGAGGAGCUUGCACCGACCCGGUAACUUGCUGUGGGACACCACUUCAUAUUGCUGCUACUGAAGGGCAAGACUGUGCUAUGAAGAUUUUACUUGGCCACAAUGCAGAUUACAACAAGAUGAUAAAUGGUAUGACACCUCUCUAUUUUGCUAUAAAUGUCUCCUCGGUGAAAUGUGCAAAACUCCUGAUUCAGGCUGGGGGUGUUGCCAAUGGAGAUUUUAUCUUAACCGCUUUAGCUGAUGCUCCAAGAAAUGGAUCAGCGGAGUGCUUGAAUUGCCUACUGGGGUUUGCUGGUGAAUGGCGUGCUCGUAAUGAUAAAUUGGUAUCUCUUGUGUCUUACUUAGACAUGGAGUACUUGGGUGCAGUAAAGGUAGGUCAUGUAAAAGUAGUAUGUCCAGAGCCUGUGGAUAGAAAGAAAGUAGCAGAAUUGAAGUCACAAGGGAGCAAGGCAGUUGCAAGAAAGGAUUUUCUUUCUGCAGCAGAAGCCUACAGUAUGGCACUGGAGCUUGAUCCUGAUGAUGCGACGUUGUUCUCAAACAGGAGCCUUUGCUGGCUUCACAUAGGCAAAGGAGGCAAGCCUUUGCUCAGUUUACUGGAUGCUUAUGAAUGCAAAAAGAGGCGGCCUGAUUGGUCGAAGGCCUUCUACAGGGAGAGCAAAGCUCUAGCGUUACUGAAGGACUACAAGGGUGCAUGCGAUGCGCUUCUGAACGUAUUGAAGAUGGACCCAGGGAAUGCUGAAAUCGAGGACGGAUUGCGGAAAGCUAUGGAAUCCUUGAAGGUGUCUCAAAGCACCAAGGCCAAGUGACCUAUACACCCAGCUCAGAAAAAAGUGAUCUAUACACAGCUGUUCAUGAAAAUACAGUAGCUCCAAACACAUGCACACAUUUUGUAGCCUUGUGGGAAAGAUACAUGGACUUCUUGGAUCAUUAUCCUCCUUGUGUAAGUUAAGUGAUGAGUGCUAAAGCAUUUCGGAGG